GCUUACAACUUUAAUUGCCGUAGCAUAACUUUCACUGUCUAAAAAAACGGACUCGUUCAAAACCAAACAUCGAGCCCGUUGGAAUUUCAGCCGCGCGCAUUGGAUAUUAACUCACUAGUCACUACACUAACCCAUUUUACAUUUCGCCGGAGAUUCGUCGCCUUUCGCCGGAGAUUAUUCCUUAAACCCUAAUUUCGUCCACUAUGCCGACGAAAUCGCCGGUAAAUCCCGAAAAUGCGGUGGAGCUUUUCCUGAAAAUUGGAUUAGAUGAACGAGUCGCUCAUAAUACAGUCGCCAACAACAAGGUCACCAAUAAUCUAUUGGCUGUAAUCAAUGAGGCUGGUGUUACUGAUGGAUGCAAUCGAACUACAGGAAAUCUUCUUUACACGGUUGCCACGAAAUUUCCUAGCAAUGCUCUUGUGCAUCGGCCUGUAUUAGCCGAAUACGUUGUUUCGUCCAAGAUUAAAACACCAGCUCAAUUGGAAGCUGCUUUUACAUUUUUCUCAGAUAUUGGUCCUGAGAAAUUCAGCUCCAAUGACUUUGAAAAGGCUUGUGGAGUUGGUGUUGAAGUUUCUAAUGAAGAGAUUGAGCAUACUGUUGGUGAAAUACUUGAAGAGAGUAAAGCAACAAUUUUGGAGCAGCGCUAUAAAACAAAUGUUGGUGACUUAUUUAGACGUGUUCGAGAGAGACAGCCAUGGGCUGAUCCAAGGAUUGUUAAGCAAGUGGUAGAUACAAAGUUACGGGAAUUAUUGGGUGAAAGAACUGCAGCAGAUGAUGAAAAGCCAGUAAAAAAGAAAAAGGAAAAGCCUGCUAAAGUUGAGGAACAAGCUGCUGUUACUCCAGCACAGCCAACUGAAGAAGACCUUAACCCAUUUUUAAUCUUCCCAUCACCAGAAGAAAAUCUUAAGGUCCACACUGAAGUUUUCUUCAGUGAUGGUUCUGUCUUAAGACCUUACAAUUCCCGGGAGAUUCUUGAGAAGCACUUGAAAGUGACGGGGGGCAAAGUUUUUACUCGCUUCCCACCUGAGCCAAAUGGGUACCUUCACAUUGGUCAUGCUAAGGCUAUGUUUGUUGAUUUUGGAUUGGCAAAGGACAGAGGAGGAAAUUGCUAUCUAAGAUAUGAUGACACAAAUCCGGAAGCUGAAAAAAAAGAGUAUAUUGACCAUAUUGAAGAAAUAGUCAGAUGGAUGGGAUGGGAGCCAUUCAAGAUAACUUAUACCAGUGACUAUUUCCAAGAUCUGUAUGAUUUAGCUGUCGAACUCAUUAGGAGGGGUCACGCAUAUGUUGAUCAUCAGACUGCUGAUGAGAUAAAGGAGUAUAGAGAAAAAAAGAUGAAUAGUCCAUGGAGAGACAGACCGGUAAAAGAAUCUUUGAAACUGUUCAAGGAAAUGAGAAGAGGAAUGAUUGAGGAAGGAAAGGCAACACUGAGGAUGAAGCAAGAUAUGCAGAGUGACAACUUUAAUAUGUACGAUCUUAUUGCAUAUAGAAUCAAGUUUACUCGUCAUCCUAAAGCAGGAGAUAAGUGGUGUAUAUACCCUAGCUAUGACUAUGCCCAUUGCAUUGUUGAUUCACUUGAAAAUGUGACUCACUCGCUGUGCACGCUGGAAUUUGAGACAAGGCGGGCUUCCUACUAUUGGUUAUUGCAUGCACUUGGCCAGUAUAUGCCCUAUGUAUGGGAGUACUCGCGGUUAAAUGUUACAAACACAGUGAUGUCAAAACGCAAACUUAAUCGCCUUGUUACGGAGAAGUAUGUUGAUGGGUGGGAUGAUCCACGAUUGAUGACGCUUGCUGGUUUGCGUCGUAGGGGUGUAGCACCAACAGCUAUCAAUGCAUUUGUUAGGGGUAUUGGGAUCACUAGAAGUGAUAAUAGUUUGAUCCGUGUAGAUCGCUUUGAGUAUCAUAUACGAGAGGAGCUUAAUAAAAUAGCUGCUCGCACAUUGGUUGUCCUACAUCCCCUAAAGGUUGUCAUCACCAAUUUAGAAGCUGGUAAAGUAAUUGAACUUGACGCAAAGAAGUGGCCAGAUGCUCAAACCAAUGACAACUCAGCUCUGUACAAGGUUCCUUUUUCCAAUGUGGUUUACAUUGAAAGUUCUGAUUUUCGGAUGAAAGACUCAAAAGAUUAUUAUGGUCUGGCUCCUGGAAAGUCUGUCUUAUUGAGGUACGGAUAUCCCAUUAAAUGCACUGAUGUGAUCUUUGGCCCAGACAAUGAGACAGUAGUCGAAAUUCGGGCAGAGUAUGACCCUGAGAAGAAAACGAAGCCAAAGGGUGUCCUUCAUUGGGUUGCUGAGCCUUCUCCAGGCGUCGAUCCUCUGAAAGUUGAAGUUAGACUGUUUGACAGAUUAUUCCUUUCUGAGAAUCCUGCUGAACUUGAUGACUGGCUUGGUGACUUGAAUUCCAACUCCAAAAUUGUCAUACCUGAGGCAUAUGCAGUUUCCAUUCUUCGAAAUGCAGUACUUGGUGACAGAUUUCAAUUUGAACGUCUCGGCUAUUUUGCUGUUGACAAGGACUCCACAGCAGAGAAAUUGGUGUUCAACCGGACAGUCACAUUAAGGGACAGCUACGUCAAGGGUGGUAAGUAGCCUUCAGGUCUUGUCAUCUUGAACUUCUGGUAAAUUUAAAUACUUAGCUUGUACAAAAUUUUGUAUGAGUUGAAAUGUUAAAGAGAGGGGAGAAUCGUAGCUAAAAUAGUGUCAAUGCUGUCGUUUAGUGAUUCCUGAUUUGUAUCUCCACACAGCACGGUGCGAAAUUGUCAUUGUGUGUUGGAUUAUCUGUAAAAUUGGAGGGAGAUGGGGGAUAAGGUUAAAUAGGGGCCAAUUACACUUAGAAACCUUCUCUGUAUAAAAUUAAGGUGCCAGUUGAUCAAUCUUCUCUUUCAAAACAAAGGCUGUUUUGGAGUGGAGUUGUUGACAUAUAGAAAACCUCUGAUUCUUUAUUUGGUUAAUCUAAGUUUAAUGAAAGAUCUUACUCCUUACUAAUAAAGCUUGUCAACUUUUACGAGUA